AUGGGUGGGCUGAUUGAUCUCAACACCGUCGACGACGACGAGGCGGCGCCGUCUUCGUUCGAUUCGCCGUCUUCUUCUUCCUCGUCAUCUUCGGCGGCUUCGGCUUCGGCGUCCCCUGCUGCGUCGGCUUCUGGUUCUCUGUCAUUACCUUCUUCGUCUUCUUCGUCCGUGUGCUUGGAACUAUGGCACGCGUGUGCUGGUCCGCUCAUAUCUUUGCCGAAGAGAGGGAGUGUGGUGGCGGAGGCAGCCACAGAUGAGGUUUAUGCGCAAGUCUCCCUAAUUUUUGAUGCUGAGGUGGUGUUGCGUUACAUGCUUUAUGUGGCUCUGUAUUUCAUUAGUGAUCCUCUGCGUAGAUUUCACCUUGUAACAGAAAUUGAGCAGAAGUGGAGACAAGGGGAAAUUGAGGCCGAAAAUGAAGAAGCGGAUAUGGAGGGUGUAGUGAAGUCCACCACGCCACACAUGUUCUGCAAGACGCUCACUGCUUCUGACACUAGCACUCAUGGAGGUUUCUCUGUUCCUCGUCGGGCUGCUGAGGACUGCUUUUCCUUCCUCUGGGACCAUAAACAACAGAGGCCUUCCCAGGAGCUUGUAGCUAAAGAUUUACACGGGACUGAAUGGAGGCCAGCCUCGAAGACAUCUGCUGAUACUGUUGGAGUGCUUUUGGGUGGAGAUGGUGAAUUGAGAUUAGGAAUCGGCGGCAUCCAAGUUAAAGUUGAUUCUUCUUUUUCCGCUCUCUCUAGCCAGAAGUUCAACAUAGGCAAUAUCGGUUGUACUGGACUAAUUACUGGGGUUAGUGAUGUGGAUCCUGUUAGAUGGCCAGUGGGAUUUAAAUUGCAAACUGAGCCUUGCCUUAAAGAUUGGUCUAAGGUUCACUGCAAGAUGAGUUAUGAUGGUAUGAACUUGUUGAUCAACUUCUGCAGCUUGGUGGCACCUGGUAUGAAAAGGGCAAGGGUUGGUUUGUCUCCAACAAAAGUAGAUUUUCCAGUUUCCAGAGGUCACUACAUUUCUAGGGCUGUUUAA